UAACGCUUCUCUUCACGUUGCUUAACAAGGAACAAUGGUCAAGACCACCGCCGCCAUCGCAUGCUUUGCACUCUUCUGCCUGAUGGCACUCGCUACUGCCGAGAACGUCGCCACCCACAAUGACGACGGCACGGUUUCCAUGGCGUCUGCUGGCUCACGGCUCUCGCUCUCUCGCACUGCCUGGUUCCUCUUUGCCUGGCACGGCCCGCUCAUGCUCCUCCUCUCCUUUGUGUUCUUUGCGGUGUACAACUGAUCCGUGCGCGGCUCACAGCGCACUGAUCGCGCUUCCGCCCCCUUGCAUACCUUCUCCUUUGUAGACUUGUGCUGUUCCCGAGUGACGACUGUGGACGUCGCACCUCGUGCCCCCCAAUGAACACAUCAACAUCAACCUCGA